AUGGCAUCUACUCUGGAGAAGUUCAUUCAUUCCUUGGACCCCAGAGCCCUCCCCAGGGUCCUCCAAAUCCAGUCAGGCAUCUAUUUCCAAGGCUCCAUCUAUGAAAUGUUUGGAAAUGAAUGCUGCCUGUCAACAGGAGAAGUGAUUAAAGUUAUUGGGUUCAAAAUUAAUAAGCUCAUAGCAAGUAUCUGUGAGAAUAAUGAAGACAGCCAGUUUUCAGCCAAAGUGGAAUUACCACUGAAUUUUCCUGGUCUUUAUAAGGUUGUAGCCGAUAAAACUCCAUACCUCGGCACUGAGGAAAUUACCAGAAAAGUCUCUAUUGGGCCAACACGAUUUGGCCAUCCAAGUUUCUACUGCCCUGAGGAUAUAAAACUGGCAAACCUCACCAUCAAACAUGGUGAGCAGAUCACCUUCAGCUCCGUGGAAGAGGUCAACGGAACGAUGGCUGUGAACUGUGGUGUGGUCAGAAAUAACAAGUCUCAUUCCUUUACUUUGCCCCUUUCGCAAGAAGGAAAAUUCUAUGAGUGUGAAGAUGACCAGAUAUACACCCUGAAAGAAAUUGCAGAAUGGAAAAUCCCUAAGAGCAGAAAGCGGAUUGUGAAACUUUCCAGUACUUUACACAUGUGGGAAUCCUCUAGUCCACUUCCUGCGAAUUUUAAUGGCUGCUUGAUGCUCACACCUGUCUAUGAAGUACAGGCAGUAAUGAAAUUUCGAAAGGAUAUAGUUCAUAUCCUCUCAGAUCUGGAUGUUGAAGUCAAGGAUAUAACAGAUUGUUAUGAUAUUAGCUCUUUUCUUCAGCCACUGUCUUUGGAAGAUGUAUUUAAGAGAACAAGCAAGGAAUUUCCUGUGGUUGCUGAGAUAAUGGAAGGCCCCCAAGGAAGCCAGAAGCCUUAUAAUUUAUUGUGUACAGGGAAACAGAUUGUCAUCUACAAAAAGUACCAGGCAAAAAGAGUCCUCGCCUCUGAGAUCAGAAGUGAUUCCCCAAAAAGACAUUUUUUAAUCCCUAUGAGCUACAAAGGGAAGUUCAAGAGAAGACCUCGGGAGUUUCCAACUGCCUAUGACUUAGAGAUAGCAAGAAGUGAAAAGGAGCAGCUUCAUGUUGUAGCAACUAAAGCCUUUGAUUCUCCCCAUAAAGAGCUUUUUUCUGUUUCAGUUGGAGAUCAGUUUCUACUUCAGCAAUGCCAGACCAGUGAAGUUCUGUAUGAGGAAAGAAAGAAAGUUGUAGACGUUUUAGCUUGUGAACAAAUACUAAGUGAUACCUAUAAGAAAGUGCUCCUCCCUAUGUAUAUGGAAGGUGGCUUUGUGGAGGUGAUUCAUGACAAGAAACAGUACCAGCUUUCGGAGAUUUGCAAAGAAUUCCAUUUGCCUUUUAAUGUCAAAGUGUCUGUGAGGGAUCUUUCCAUUGGGAAUGAUGUUUUGGCUGCUCUGCCUGGUCUGCAGCUUGAAGAAGAAAUCACAGACUUUUAUUUGCUGAUUAGUAGUGUCAACAGUCCAGUGGAUAGCUGGGAGAUUCCUGUGUAUCGCUUAAACAUGACAGUCCAUUUGCUCAGCAAAGAUGUCCAAACAGUUAUACCCCCUGUACCUAAGACAAUAGUGGAAGAGAUCAGUGAAGAGCAAUACUACAUGGUGCGAAGAUACGAAAACCAGACCCUAUAUCCACCACCCAGGCCUCCCAAAAAUCCAACAGCACUCACAUCAAACCCUCUUUUUGCAGUACCGACACAAGCGGUAUCUGAUGUACUACAGGCCCCAAAGAAUUUCUGUGAAGACACCACCAAGAAAUUCUGCUCAAAUCAAGCUGCUGACGUUUCAGAAUUACAAGUUAGUUGUCAAAAUGAUUUGAUGCACCAUGAGAAAGAGAAGGAUGUGACUAGGACAGCUACAUUAGUGGUAACCAGUGAAAUGAAAGAUCUAAAUAGGAACAGAGAAAAGGAACUGCAAGAAGAGCACGACUAUGACUAUGUGGAUGAAAACAUAAUUGAAAACAUAAGAAAAGUAUUUCAAGACACCACAAUUGGAAAUAAGAAUGUAGUCUUUGAAGAAAAAAGAGACAUCUGAAGCAGAAUAAUUCUGAAAUUAACCAGAAAAAAAUGGAAAGUUCCGUACUUCAUGUAUUAAGAUCGACUGCAGUUAUUAAAAAAAGCUGCUCAAGAAAAUGCGUCCUUCUUCUGUCUCACGAAGAGCAUAUAAGGCUGUAAUUCAACUAUAAUAAUCCCCUGAGAAACUAGACUGCCUACUUAGUCCUAAAUAAGAAGUCAAACCAGCUAAUGUCUUAUGACCCUGUGAAGGGACAAAAUUCUUCAUGUACGUAUUUAUUCAUGAAUUCAGACAAUAAUGCCAAGCCAAAUCCCUCAUUCUUAUUGCACCUGAAAUACCUCUUGAUCUUCUGAACCACUGUAAGGCAUAUGUGAAAGGAAUAUCCCUUACUGAAACAGCUGCUCCACUGUUUUGUUUGCUUUCUGGAGGAGGGAAGGAUAGACAGGGAAAUGAAGGGUUGCCUAAAGUGAACCUCCAUUUCUUUACCCAGUGAUAUAUGCUCCAGGUUAAGGCUCAAAACUGCAAUGGGCCAGAUUCUGCCACUCUUUCAGAUGAUGAGUCAUUGCGCUAGUGGUGCUGUUUCACAAAUAAUUCAUCCAUGGAAAGUAAUGCUACUUCUCCCAGAGGGAAGUGCUCUUUAAUGGGACCAAAAGUGUCCAAAGCAAGUAAUGCUGCUGUCUCCAUAACCCCUUGCAGACCUGUAUUUACCUAGAAUCACACUAGACCUGUGGAAUUUGCCUUAGGUUCUUUAAUCAAGGAGCAAAUUGCUGAAAACACAACCACAGUGAAAGGACAGAACUGGGAGCAGAAGAAUUGUCCAUGACAGCCAUCCUAACUGAGAAAAAGGAACAUGCUGUCCACUUUAAGAGGUGCAGGAAGGAGCAGUGCUGAAGAGUGUCUCCUACUUCUCCUGGUACCUUGCACUCUCGUCCUUCAAGUAGUUGGGGGAAACAGGCAACACCUCCUGUCUCUCUGCUUCAUAUGCAAACAGUAAAGACUACUCAAGUAGAGUGAGGUCACAGGAAGGACAAUAGAAGGUCUUUCUUCUAAAAAAAAAAAAAAAAAAAAAAAAAAAAGGCAACAUGUUUUAUUCAAAGGAUUUCCUGUCCCUUUAUAAUUCUGCUGGAAAAUAAGAGGCUGAUUAUAUAAACAUGGUAUCUGAAAGUAUACAAAAUCUCCUUGCUCGGAGUGUGAGAGAUCUUCCUUCAUGCCCUGCCUCUAGUCUGUGUGUGCUGAGCAGCUAUGAUGAGAGGUUCUGUUUACAUGGAUGAGCAUCUCUAAAACACCUUGCAGUGAAUACACAAUCAGUGCUGAUAUUAUAGCAGCCAUAUUCCCGUCUGAGAUUGCUGUGUACCUUGCAAGUCACACAUGAGCUGCACAGGUACAGAGCACGUGACAUGUUUCAGAGGUGUCAGACCUACUCCACAGGUACUCACAGAGCUGGUCUGUGUAUGCAGAGUGAGUCUGAUACCCAUCAUCUAUGGCACAUAAGUGUAAUAACUGUGCAGUGCUUGCAUAGUGAAUGCUGUAUAUCUAGAAGCAUUAGAUCUAGAGCAUCCGCGUGUACCUUUGGCAGUGUUUUCAUUUUCACUGAAAAUUUUUGAGAACUGAUGUGUAAAUAUGCAGUUGAUGUGCCAAGAGUUUCUAGUCUCACAGCAGCUCUGUCAAAGUGGUAUACCCAGAAAUCCCAGACAACUAUGAAAUACUAAGACUUUUCCCAGAUAGUUUUAGAGUGAAGAAGGGGAACACAUUUGGAAAGCUUAGACAUACUGUAUUUUCAGUCUUACCAGGGAAGCAGUAAGCUUUAGUAAGCAAGCCCUUACUGAAACAUGGUAGCGUACUUUAAAGAAAAACACCUUUCAAGCUGACAGUAUGGUACAUUCAGACUUGAUCAUUAAAAUCCCACUGAAUGGUUAAUGAUCAUUAAUGCAAAUAAAUUUAGAAUUUCUUUAUAUUGUUUUACUUCAAUGUAUUUAAUAUAAAUGUUCAUCCUCAUUAAAAUCAGUUACAAUCCAAGUAUAAAGUAUAUUGCUGAGAGUGCUUUGAUACCAUGCCCAUGCAGCAUACAUUAUUUUGCAUAUCAUUAGUUAAUUUUGGGGGGUUGUAGGUGUGUAAGAAACUUGUAACUGACUGACACGUUGCUUGUGGGUAUCUGAAAUACAUUUUAAACACUUUGCACAGAAAUCCACAUUUCUCUGUGUAGCAGCUCAUAACUGUCCAGUUUGUU